GUCACUCUACCAAACAAAGACCCUUUUCUGAAUUUACACUAUAGUGUCCUUUACCUUUCCUUCAAGCUUUAUCAUGUUUCUUUCACAUAGUGUAGCCAAUAUUAUUCUUUCUCAUUAUUACACACAAUUAUGCCAUUUGUCACACUACUUUUAUUUAUUUGCAUUUCUUCUUUGGUUUUGUAAAAGAGAAACACAACAUUUGAGAUUUAUAGUAUGGAUUUAAGAGAUUCUUGGACUGUCUUCUUUCUAUUUUCUAGCUUCUUGCUUGUUGCUUUCUGUGGACAAGAACAUAGUUUCUUGAGUCUGUCAUGUGGUGGAACAACCAGCUUCAAUGAUUCAUCUAAUAUUUCAUGGUUCCCAGACACACCUUACAUAACCAGUGGAAAGACAACCACCAUCAAUUACAGCGACGGUUCCUCAUCAACAAAUGUCUCGGCUCGGUUCUUCCCCCGUUCCAGAGGCCGCGCAUGCUAUUGGAUACCUGUGAACAAUGCAACUAGUUUGAUUCUUGUGAGAGCAACAUUUGUGUACAAAAACUAUGAUGGACUUGGAAAACCACCUAUUUUCUAUGUUUCUCUUGGUACAGCUACUGCUGCUAAGAUAAAUCUGGCUAAAAAUGAUCCAUGGACAGAAGAGUUUCUCUGGAAAAUCAACAAGGAUACACUGACGUUCUGUUUGAAUUCAAUUCCAAGUGGUGGCUCUCCUAUAAUUUCUUUACUUGAAAUUAGACCACUUCCUAAAGGAUCCUACACAAAGGGCAGAGAACAUUUUCCGAAUAAAUUACUUAGGAUGAGCUAUAGAAUUGAUUGUGGACACAUCAAUGAGUCUAUAAGGUACCCUAUGGAUCCAUACGAUAGAAUAUGGAAUGGUGACAGAAGGUUCAUACCUUCUCAUGCUACAACUGAGUUUAAGAUUCAGAAUAACAUAAAUCAAUCCAAUAUUGUGGAGGAACCACCAGCUUCAGUUCUUCAAAAUGGAAGAGUCUUGCCGCGGCGAAAAAUGCUUGCAUAUAACCUCCCUCUUGAAGGGUUAGGGGACUACUACAUCAUCCUCUAUUUUGCUGGAAUUCUUCAUGUGUUCCCUUCAUUUGAUGUAUUCAUAAAUGGAGAUCUUGUAAAGUCAAACUAUACAAUAAAGAAAAUCAGUGCUUUAUAUGUUACAAGAAAGGAGAUCAGCAGCUUGAAUAUAACACUAAGAAGUAUCAGCUUCUACCCUCAGAUCAAUGCAUUUGAGGUAUAUAGUAUGGUUGAUAUUCCACAUGAAGCUUCCUCAACCACAGUUUCAGCAAUGCAAGUUAUUCAGCAGUCCACUGGCUUGGAUCUUGGAUGGCAAGAUGAUCCAUGCUCCCCAUUCCCAUGGAAUCACAUAGAUUGUGAAGGAAACUUAGUUACAUCAUUGGAUCUCUCAGAUAUCAACUUGAGAUCAAUUAGUCCUACAUUUGGUGACUUAAUGGACCUUAAAACAUUGGAUUUGCACAACACAUCACUUGCUGGUGAAAUCCAGAAUUUAGCUAGCUUGCAAAGUCUUCAAAAACUGAACCUCAGUUUCAAUCAGCUGACAUCCUUUGGUGUAGAGCUAGAGAACUUGAUUAGCCUUCAAAUUUUAGACUUGCAAAAUAAUAGUCUAGGAGGUGUAGUUCCUGAUAGCUUGGGAGAGAUAGAGGAACUCCACUUAUUGAAUCUAGAAAACAACAAACUACAAGGUCCACUCCCGCAGUCAUUGAACAAAGACAAUAUAGAUAUCAGAAUAUCUGGGAAUUCAUGCCUUACUUUUUCUGCAACCUCAUGUGAUGAUGUACCCUCCAAUCCUACAAUUGAGGCACCACAAUUGAUUAUGAUUCCCAAAAGGAAGCACCAUGGAAAAAACCAUCUAGCAAUAAUACUAGGCACAGUUGGAGGAGCUACACUUACAAUUUUCCUGAUAUGUCUUUCAGCAUUUGUAUACAAUGCUAAAAUAAGAUAUGAAACCUUACACAAAACUAGGGAAGAAACCAAUAUGAGAAACUGGGGUGCAGAAAAAGUUUUUACCUACAAAGAAAUCAAAGUAGCUACAAGCAAUUUUAAGGAAAUUAUAGGAAGAGGAAGUUUUGGUUCUGUUUACCUAGGAAGGCUUCCAAACAGAAAAGCGGUUGCUGUCAAAGUUCGGUUUGAUAAAUCCCAACUUGGGGUUGAUUCUUUUAUCAAUGAGAUUCAUCUGUUAUCGAAAAUCCGCCAUCAAAAUCUUGUGUCUUUGGAAGGAUUUUGUCAUGAAUCAAAGCAUCAAAUAUUGGUUUAUGAAUACUUGGCUGGUGGAUCCCUGGCUGAUCACCUCUAUGGUGCAAACAGCCAUAAAACUCCCUUAAGAUGGAUUCGGAGGUUGAAAAUCGCUAUCGAUGCAGCAAAAGGAUUGGAUUAUUUACAUAAUGGAAGUGAACCAAGAAUUAUACACCGCGACAUCAAGUGUAGUAACAUACUCUUGGACAUGGAUUUGAAUGCCAAGGUCUGUGACUUUGGCCUCUCUAAGCAAGUAACUCAGACAGAUGCAACUCAUGUCACCACUGUUGUCAAGGGAACUGCUGGCUAUCUAGAUCCAGAGUAUUACUCUACCCAACAACUUACUGAGAAAAGUGAUGUAUAUAGCUUUGGAGUUGUUCUUUUGGAACUCAUUUGUGGAAGAGAACCAUUGAUUCAUUCUGGAACUCCUGAUUCAUUCAAUUUGGUUUUAUGGGCCAAACCCUAUUUGCAGGCGGGCGCAUUUGAAAUUGUGGAUGAAAGCAUACAAGGAAAUUUUGAUCUAGAGAGUAUGAAGAAGGCAGCAUUCAUAGCUAUGAAGUCAGUGGAAAGAGAUGUAUCACAGAGACCACCUAUUGCUGAAGUAUUAGCGGAGCUAAAGGAGGCUUAUGGUAUUCAGCUCAGAUUCCUUGAGUCUUAUCAAAAUGAGAGUUGAUUUACAAUGCCAAAGAAGUUUGAUUCUUCUCACAGCAUAGAAACAAGAGGGAGAGAUCUUAUCAUGUUCUGCAUAGAAAUGUAGUAAAUUAUUCGACACAGCUUCUCAAUUUGGCUAUAGUCUAUAGUGAGUAAUUAUUCUGAACAAGAAAAUUUGCAUGAUAUCCUUUGCUAUUUGUUAUGGUGACAUGUUCAACAUGGUAAUCAGUAUCGUAAGAUACAUGUUGAUCGUAUCUUGAUGUGAUACAAAUCAGAACCAAGUCAAUAUGAAACUUUAGUGUGUCGAUGAUCUAUAUUGAACAUGAAUCCCGAUUCACUGUGAUGAAUUCCGAUUCCCUAUGAUGAAUCAAUACCUAAAUUAAGAAUUGUCAGCCACUUUUUUGUCCACUUUGUACAGCCAGCCACUUCUUUAUCAGUCGAUUUACAACCUAAAUCUUGAAUUA